AUGAAAGACCUUCUCACCGGUGUCUCGUUCGGUUCCUCGGGUGCUGGUUACGAUCCUCUCACCUCCCAACAAAGAGGGUCGAUAACAAUAAAGAACCAACUUGAGAUGUACAGAGAGUACAAGAGCAAGAUAACUGCAAGCGAGGGGAAAGAAAGAGCAGACAACAUCACAUCCACAAGUCCCCACAUGAUCCUGCUAGGGAGCAACGACAUGGCCAACCAGCUCAGCAGAUCCCUAUACGGCAUCGAUACGUACACUGAUAUCCUCGUCGGAUUAGCUCUGGACGUGUACAAGGAGCUCUACGGGCUCGGCGCGAGGAGAAUCGGGGUGGUGGGUGCGGCUCCAAUCGGCUGCGUUCCUCGCGAGAGGGUGACCGGCGACGGGCUGCUAAUACUGGAGAGGAACUGCGCGGAGGAAUUGAAUGACGCCGCGAAGCUCUUCAACUCCAAGCUCUCCACGGCUGUUUCCUCGCUGAAUGCAGAGCUUCCGGGAGCGAAGAUUGUGUACUUCGACAUUUACAGCCCCGCGCUUUCCCUCAUACAGAACCCAGCUCCGUAUGGGUUUGAAGAGGUGAAAAGAGGCUGCUGUGCCACCGGAAACAUCGAGCUUGGGAUACUCUGUGUUGUUCCAGGUACUUGCCCUGAUGCUAGCAAGUACUUGUUCUGGGACAGUGUUCAUCCCGGGGAGAAAGCUACAAGAAUCAUCAGUGAUCAAACUUUUGGUUCUUCGAGUUUGAGCUCACUGUUGGGUUAUAUUCACAAACGACUUGGCAACAUUAACAAAAGCUCCUAUGUUUACCCCCCAAUACUCUCUCCUCUCUCCUAAAACUUGGAGUGUCGCCGAUGAUGCUUUUGCUCUUGGAACUUUGUAGGAGGGCCGGUCAGGCUCUCCUGGGUUGCAUUGCGGCGGUGAUUGCGGUAGUGCUAGCAAACCAAGGGGCAGAGGUUCUUCCCUCGUAUAGCUGGAUGAAAGGAAGAAGUGAAGAAGCGGUGGAGACGUCGGGCCUCCCUCCUCGGAUGGGAAGCACUGAAUCUUUUCAGAGCUCUCUGCCUCUCGAAAAAC